AUGGAUGCUAAAGUCUUCCCAUCGCAUACUGGUCCUUUGACUGAUGCAAGGAGCCAUACAAUUUCUCCUACGUGCAGCGGCACAUCUGUCGUUGGCAUUAAAUUCAAAGAUGGUGUAAUAGUAGCUGCUGAUUCUCUUGUAUCCUAUGGUUCUCUGGGACGGUAUACAAACUUUGAUCGUGUCUUAAAGGUUAAUGAGCAAACCGUCUUGGCUUGUUCCGGUGACGUUGCUGACUUUCAAUAUCUUACCAAACUAAUUAGCCAGCAAGUGUUAAUCGAGAGCCUCCUCGGGGACGGGUUUUCGACCAGUCCUCAGGCGCUUCAUUCGUGGCUUACACGGGUCUUGUAUCACCGUCGAAGUCAGUUUGAUCCUCUCUGGAAUAGUUAUAUUGUUGGAGGUGUUCAAAAAGACGGUACACCCUACCUCGGUUACGCCAACAUGAUUGGGGUCGCGUUUACCGAAAACUGCGUGGCCACUGGUUUUGGCUCUCAUUUGGCGGUUCCUAUUCUUCGGAAAGUUAUUGAAACUAAGGCGGAUUCAAACGUAGCAAAUCUUGCCUAUGAAGAUGCUCUGGCAGCACUUAAGGAGGCCAUGACUGUCCUCUUCUAUCGCGAUUGCCGCGCAUUCAACAUGUACAAAAUCGCGGUGGUCACGAAGGAUGGCGCAACUGUGAGCGAAAACCAGAAAUUGGAGGCAAAUUGGGAGAUGGCAGGAUCCAUUACUGGUUAUGAGUGA